AUAGACCACGUGGUAUCCGUGGUUUAACCUCUUCUAACUACCUACAGGCGCUGCGAUGUAUGACCGUUGAUAUUGGGAGAAACUAGUUUGUGCUCAGUGACGAUGGUCAAUAAGGUUUUAUUAAAACACGGCCGAGGAUGAAGCAGGGAAUGUUUUCGUAGGCACGUAAGCCUCGAUCGCAGGAGGUUACUAGAGAGCACGUCUCACCCUGUGUUAAGCGCGGCAGACAUUUUGUCGUAGCUACACACAUACUAGUUUACAUUACGACGACUAUUUUGUCUCCGUAAAUAUGUCCGCGGAUGUAAAUUUUUAUUACAGAACUGGGAGACAAUCCUAUUACAUACCAUAGCUAUGGCGAGGGCUGAGUAUUGGGGGUUGCUAGAGCUGCGAGAUUUACUGCGUGCGCAGCGUGUAUUGCUGGAGGAGAGUGUGGCGGAGGAGGUGAUGCGUGCGCAGCCGCGGCGGGGGGCGUGUUGGUCCCUGACCGAGUAGAGCGUUACCCCAGGCAGGUGGCGCUGCUGAGCGUGCGGACGACUUCCAGCUGAAGCUUGGACAAGCUGAGCAAGCUAUAUAUCAUAUAUACUACGCUAGCAGCAGCAGAUGUAUGCAUAACAGCAACCCGGGGAAUUAAAUGUGCAACAGGCGUAGAAGGAGGAAAAACAAGGAGACUCAAGCUCUUGCACGCCUCCCCUGAGGAUUGAGGGGACCAAACGCCUCCCUGGGGAAGAGGUUGCUGCUGAGUCCCCCAGAGAUUUUACUGGAAAUUCAUUGCCUGCAUCCUUGUAUUGGGCUUGCCUCUGAGACAUUGUCGCCAUGGCAGUGUGGAUCCAGGCACAGCAGCUGCAGGGGGAUGCACUACGCCAGAUGCAGGCACUGUAUGGACAGCAUUUUCCAAUAGAGGUGCGACAUUACCUGUCACAAUGGAUAGAAGGACAGUCAUGGGACUCUGUGGACCCGGAAAACCCACAGGACAGCAUGAAGGCCACACACCUCUUGGAUGGACUGGUGCAGGAACUGCAAAAGAAAGCUGAACACCAAGUAGGCGAAGAUGGGUUUUUAUUGAAGAUCAAGCUUGGACAUUAUGCUACACAGUUCAAGAAUACAUAUGAACGUUGCCCCAUGGAAUUGGUCAGAUGCAUCCGACAUAUUUUAUACCAUGAACAGAGACUGGUACGGGAAGCAACCAAUUCCAGCUCUCCAGUUGGUGGCCUUGUAGACGCAAUGUCUCAAAAGCACCUUCAGAUUAAUCAGACAUUUGAAGAGCUGAGACUCAUUACUCAGGACACAGAGACCGGGCUGAAGAAGUUGCAGCAGACACAAGAGUAUUUCAUUAUCCAGUACCAGGAGAGUCUACGAAUUCAGGCUCAGUUCUCCCAGCUGUCCCAGCUCACCCCACAGGAGCGUAUGUCACGUGAGGCCACCUUACAACAGCGGCAAGCUUCCUUAGAGGCCUGGCUACAGAGAGAGGCUCAGACCCUCCAACAGUACAGACUGGAUUUGUCGGAGAAGCACCAAAAAACCCUCCAGCUUCUACGCAAGCAGCAAACAAUCAUAUUGGAUGAUGAACUGAUUCAGUGGAAGAGAAGACAACAGCUAGCAGGGAACGGUGGCCCUCCUGAAGGCAGCUUAGACCUUCUACAGACAUGGUGUGAAAAACUUGCAGAAAUAAUCUGGCAGAACCGACAGCAGAUAAGACGGGCGGAACACCUUUGCCAGCAGCUGCCUAUUCCAGGGCCUGUGGAGGAACUACUUGCAGAGCUUAACGCUACCAUUACUGACAUUAUCUCUGCCUUAGUAACCAGCACAUUCAUCAUUGAAAAGCAGCCUCCACAGGUGCUCAAAACACAGACGAAGUUUGCAGCAACAGUUCGGCUUUUGGUAGGGGGAAAAUUGAAUGUCCAUAUGAACCCUCCCCAGGUGAAAGCCACCAUCAUCAGUGAGCUACAAGCCAAGGCUCUGCUGAAGAAUGAAAAUACACGCAAUGAAAGUAGUGGGGAGAUCCUGAAUAACUGUUGCGUGAUGGAGUACCACCAGGCCACUGGCACCCUCAGUGCACACUUCAGGAAUAUGUCCCUGAAGAGGAUCAAACGCUCAGACAGGCGUGGAGCAGAGUCUGUGACCGAGGAGAAGUUUACCAUUCUGUUUGAGUCGCAGUUCAGUGUGGGUGGGAAUGAGUUGGUGUUCCAAGUAAAGACAUUGUCUCUUCCUGUUGUUGUCAUUGUCCACGGGAGUCAGGACAACAAUGCCACAGCAACAGUCUUGUGGGACAAUGCAUUUGCAGAGCCGGGCCGGGUACCAUUUGUGGUUCCAGACAAGGUUCAUUGGCCGCAGCUGUGCGAUGCUCUGAAUAUGAAGUUUAAAGCAGAGGUUCAGAGUAAUCGAGGGCUCAGUGAUGAGAAUCUGGUAUUCUUGGCACAAAAACUUUUCAACAACACCAGCAGCCACAAGGAUGACUACAACAACAUGACAGUGUCCUGGGCACAGUUCAACAGGGAGAAUCUGCCUGGUUGGAACUACACUUUCUGGCAAUGGUUUGAUGGAGUAAUGGAAGUGUUGAAAAAGCACCUGAAGCCUCACUGGAAUGAUGGGGCUAUUUUGGGCUUUGUCAAUAAGCAGCAGGCUCAUGACAUGCUGGUGAAUAAAAGGGAUGGGACUUUCCUCCUGCGCUUCAGUGAUUCGGAAAUUGGGGGCAUCACAAUAGCAUGGAAGUUUGAGCUGCCCGAUAGGGCCUUGUGGAAUCUGAUGCCAUUCACCAGCCGGGAUUUCUCAGUACGUUCUUUAGCAGAUCGACUUGGAGAUCUCAAUUAUCUCAUCUACGUGUAUCCUGAGCGUCCCAAGGAUGAAGUGUUCUCCAAGUAUUACACCCCAGUUCUCUGCAAUCCCUCAAAAGGAGACGGCUACGUGAAGCCAGCCAUAAAGCAAGUGGUUCCAGAGUUUGUUGCCUCAGAUGUUAUGCCAACAAACAGCUACAUGGACCAGGCACAGUCACCAGCAGUUUGUACUCAGUCACACUAUAACCUAUACCAGCAAAAUGCUGACUCUGUUCUGGACCCUGAUGGAGACUUUGACUUGGAUGAUGACAGCAUGGAUGUGGCAAGACAUGUUGAGGAGCUUCUCCGAAGACCCCUUGAUAACAGCCAAUGGAUUCCCCAUGCCCAAUCCUGACGAGUCCCUACCCCACAGCACACUGCCUUCAAUAAUCAAAAUGUGACAUGUUUUCACAAGAAAUAAUUUUGGUAUUUUGUGCAUGGUGAUAAGUACGUUGUUUUUUCCCUUAUGUUAUGGUACUUUUAGACGACAAAACCAUAUUUUUACAUGUUUUCAACUCUAUUACUUUUUAAAGGGGUUAUCCAUAUUUUGGACAACAGUCCCUCUUUCUGACUAUAUGCCACCCCUAUGGAGCAUAUAGUGGGAGCUCCAGACCCCUUACAACCCUGUGAAUUGUUUCACACUUUCAGCUCAGACCUGUAGAUUGCUCAUUUAAUUUUGUCCUCUUCAGUAGAUCUGAACAGAAGAAUUCUAUUGAGUAGCACUGGCCUGGGGUUGUUCUGCUCUGUGAGCUUACAGCAAAAUAUAGAAAGAGGGAGUGUUGUCCAGAAGCGGAUGACCCCUUUACAUUUUUAUUUGAGGAUUUUAUCUUAUUGUUAAUAUAAUCCUUAAACUGCCUGAGUGGACUGUGAAACAUUGCAGAGCAAUAGGCGGCAGAUGCCACAAGCAGUGUAGGGGCCUUGGUCUAGAAAAUCAGAUUAAGCUAAAUGUCAAUCAUGUUUACUUUGCAAAAUAUGUAGAAUGUUCUCCUCCAUAUCUGAACCUCAAUGUGAAAGGGUUGGAAGGUGAGAGAUGAUAAACCCUAUAUAGGCUUUAGCAGGAUUUUCAAAUUAUUUAAUGUUAAAUAUAUAUAUAAAAUAUAUAUACUUCAAAUUAUAUACAUAAUUAUAUGAAUGUUUUGCUUACCUGAUCUGGUAUCAUUUGUUUUGAGGUUCCCAAUGUUAAAUACAUAUUAUAACCAUUCUUAAAAUAUUUUAGCAAAUAUAAUUUCUUUUUAAAUAGAGGUUCUGCCUCAGUAGACAUCAUGCAAAGUGCAGUAUUCUAUGUGACAAACACUAGAGGAACAUCUCCAUACUUUUAUUAAAAUGGAGCAAAGAGCAAGUCUGACUUUUGAGAUUGGCACAGGGUAACUAGUGUAUACCACUGCCUCUCAUUCAGGUCUGCACAAACAGCGGAUUAUGCAGCUAUGCCAGUUCUUUCCCAGUGAGUGGCAGCAGGAAUUUCCAGCUUUGUGAUGGUCUGUUCUAUGAUAUCUAUUACAUGUCAAGACUGUAUAGUUACCUGACAAUGUACUUAUUCACAAAGUCUCCCAAUACCUCUGUGGGGUCCUAUCUGAAAAUUAAGCCUACUAUACGCCUAUUCAGAUUAUCUUCGGGAUACUGACAAACAAUACUGGGCAUAGUGCGAAAUAUAGAUUUCUAUAUACCUAGGCUACAAAAGCAGCUGUGCCACUAGCUUUUAAAUUCAUGAAAGACAAUGCGGGUAAUGCUAUUGUUUUGGAUGUCUAAUAAUACCGUCUAAACGGGACUGUUUAGACGCCCAAACAAUGGUCAUGAUUCAAUUGUUGUUUGGACACAUAUGUAUAUUGCACAUGUCACGCCCAAAAACAGACAGGGUUUAGCGACGUAAAGCGAGAGGCUGCAAGAAAAAUGUGUCUCCUUGGCUGCCAGGCCCCCCAACGGAAAAACAUUUGAAUUGCUGCCGUCCGUCGGGCACCAUCAAGUGGCGGCAGCGAAAAUAACAAUUGAAUUCCCCCCUCCCCCCCAAUGAACCCAUCAUAGUCACAAAAUGCAGUUUGUACGUAUUAAUAUCUUAGAACAAGCAUAUCUUAGCUAUGUGCAUGUACCUUUGUGUUUUUUUUAUAUGAUAAAAGCCAUGAAAAUGUUUUUGAAAAAUACAUAAAAAAAUAAAUAAAUACUAGUUGGUAGCAUUAUGGCUGCUUUCACAAGCCUUGGUGAGCCAGUGUAUUAGAAUACAAUCUGACUAUUUUUCUCAUUCCAAAGAAGAAACCGUGCAUCUAUAACCAAUCUGUUUUUAGCUGGGAAGUCAAUUCAGGAACUAUGGCCUUUCUGCAGUGUAUGGUGGGUGCUUGUGGAGAAAGAUGCACAGCUACAAAGUGCCAUUCUUGUGUAGGGGCAUAAAUAUGUUCCUGUAUUGCUGAAGGCAAGUUCAUUUUGGUCAGACAAUGCCACUCUCAUGUACGUGCCUUUCUUUUUAUAUGAUUAUUGGAUAUAUUACAAUUCUGGACCUUGUUCUCUCUAUCAUCUCUCCAUUCUUAUUGCUUGUGUUUGUGACACCACUUCUUUCGGCGCUGAUGUCAGCAUGUUCUUGUAGCCAUAUUAAAAGCCCCUUAUGACGGCUUAUAUGUAAAGCAAGCCAUAACAAUGACACAAAUCUAUUAGUAUCUCGCUUCUGAUAUAUUAUUACACGAUGUUUCGUUUUGGGGUUUUUUUUAACGUUAAUGUGUAUAUGUAUAUAAUAAUUUUGGUUGUAGGCUCAUAUGGUCAGUGACAGGAAAGUGUUAAAAAUCUGUUAUACUAACAAUUAGCUAAAGAACAAACCAGACAUAGACUGUGUAUCCACUGGCAUUUGAAAUGCGGUUUUAAUGCAUGCUAAAAUACAGAUAACACAAAAGCCGUAUUUGAUAUGUAUUAUAUAUUGAUGCACUGAGAUGGAACCAAAAGUUUUCAGGUUAAAUGCAGGUAAAUGACAAAAUGUAUGGCCUUUGGUACAAUUAUUUUUAUUUUCGCAUCAGUUUAUGUGCAUUUAACAUAGUUAAAACAUAUUAAAUGCAUAGAUAAAACGCCAGUGAGUAUGUGGCCUUAUGAUUCUGCUCCUAAAAUCAAAUACAAAAAAGUUAUGAUGCAAAAAAGGCAGAUAAAGACUUAAAACGAAGAAAGUAAGAAACUUAAUUUUACGUCGGUAAUGCUGAAGGCUUGGAGUUUAGUUUCCUGUCCAGUCAGAUUUGGGCGGAGCCACCCAGUUCUCAUCUCUUGUAUAUUGUAUCUCGUGUGUGAACUUAUUUCUCUGCUGAAUGAUCCAUUUCUAGCUCCUUCUGCAUCAUAUUAGUCACGGUUUUAAUGUUGUAUAGAGAUUUGAAAAAGAUACAUUUAAAAAUCUGAAAUGUGCAAGAAAAAACAAUUGGUGAGAAAAAUAAAAAAAAACAGCUCUCAGGACAUAGAUAUAAAUAUGUACAUAUAUAUCUUUUUAAAUACAGUUCUCCAUAAAUGAUACAAGAUGUAUUUUGAAUGUUAGAUUUUUAUCUAAGGUUUCAACAAAGACAGAGAAAUGCUAUAUUUACAAACAUACAACAUUUAAAUUUAACAACACAAAUCUCAGUGGAUCUUUUAGUUAUAUGGGCUACCACUAUUUGUUAUAUGUGGUUAGGUGUGCCUUAUCAAAGCAGAAAUUCCCUCAGACCUGUUACAUACAUGUGUGGCCAUCCCUUACUGCGGCUUAUACUUCUUUUUUUUUUUUUUUAAGCAUUGAAGAUUGUAAAAUGGCUGCCACAAGGAAUCUGUAUCAAGGGCAAAAGUAUUUCUGUGUUAACAGACACAAAGUUAAAUUUAGAAAUACACGCACAUUGUGAAGGUUAAUGUCUAUUAGCCACUCAGCUGUAAAAUAAUAAUGUACUGAAAAUUUUUGGGAAAAAAAAGUUUGUUUUUUUGUAACACCAUUUAGCUGCCAGGAACAGGUUGGUAAAGUCAGCAAGGACUCAUGCCGGCACCCUAUGAAAUAACUAAGCAAUAGUUUUUCUUGGGUAAUGUUUUCUUGCUAUUUUUAGUUUUCGCUCUGAAUGUUUUAAACCUAUUCACCUAAAAAUCAUAGUUUGUUUACCCCUUUCUUGCUGUUAAAUGUAUUUUACCCUUCUAUAUUUACUCUUUUAUUCAGCAGAUUAAAUUGUGUGUUUUGUG